AUGACAUCCAAACUCAGGAACGCAUCUCUGCGCGAGACACUGUCUAUCGCCCAUACCGCCGAGUGCAAGCUCCGUCUCGAAGUAGACCGUCCAGAUAGAGACCUCAGAUUUAUGCUUGGGCACGCGCUUACACUCGACUCGGUCUCGUUACGGUUGAUUGAGAUUGAACGCGAGGCGGCCACUGUCCAGCAGCCAAGCCAUGCGAGCGGUAUCAAAUUCCAAGCGGCUUCGAACGGCUCGACGACAAGAAGAACGAGCCCGCCGCCAAGCAGAUUGGCCGAAGUGCAUGCAAGUGACGAGGACGAGGAUGAGGAGGACAACUACGUUAGCAGCGAUGACGAACAGGAUGAGCUUUCGCUUACACGAUUUCCUUCCGGACCUGCGAAACCACCGCAAGAGCCCCCGCAACUUGUCCCGUCUGAAGAGGAUUCAUCGGAUGAGGAAGAACCGCCAUCUCCGGAGCUGCCAAGUGAGGAUGUGUUACGCAACAUCACAAAAGGCGACGGCAAUGAGGAUCUCAUGAACGCGUAUGCAGGCGUCAGGAGGUGUCCUUGUCAUGGCCAUCACGAAAGUGCACCGAGAAUAUCGAGGAUGUGGGAGAUACCGGCAAAGGAGGGUGAGCAACGAGCAGAUGGCGUCAGGAUAGCUGUGGCCGAGGUUGCUGCGUAG